AUGAUGAGUACAAUUGGUUGGACGGUCGAAGACUGGAAGAGAUUCCACUUUGAAUCCACGCCUCGGGAGUCAUUCAAAUUAUUGAAAAAUUUGCUCGAUUCGCAGCACACGGCGCCACAAGAUGCAGCUUGGAUUUCCAAAGCUAGCGAGGACAAUUUACGGCACCAAUGGAAUUUCCUCUUGUCCAAGUCCAACAAGAAGGACCUCCCGUUGUAUGGAGUGCCGAUUGCCGUCAAGGACAACAUCGACGUUAAGGGGUUCGAAACCACGGCAGCAUGUCCCCUGUAUGCUUUCCAGCCAGAAAAAGACGCAACCACAGUGAAGUUGUUGCGAGACGCCGGCGCCAUUGUGAUUGGAAAGACGAACUUGGACCAGUUCGCCACGGGCUUGGUCGGUACGCGGUCCCCCUAUGGAAUCACACCAAACACGUUCAACAAGGACUACGUCAGCGGCGGCUCGUCCGCGGGGUCAGCAUCGGUAGUGGCGCGAGGCAUAGUGCCCAUUUCGCUAGGUACCGAUACCGCUGGCUCUGGCAGAGUACCUGCAGCAUUAAACAACAUUAUCGGGUUGAAGCCAACAAAGGGGGUGUUUUCAUGCAGCGGUGUGGUGCCCGCGUGCAAGUCCUUGGAUUGCGUUUCCAUCUUUGCCUUGAACUUGCAAGACGCGCAAUUGACGUUUGGUGUCAUGGCGCAAUUCGACGGCGACAAUGACGAGUAUUCAAGGCCUAUGCCUGCGAACCCCACGCUAAAAUUCCCCUGCAAGCCCGUGGUGGCUGUGCCCACCAAUUUGGUUUGGUGUGGAGAAAAGGAAAACCCCGAGUUGUACGACAAGGCUGUCAAGAUCUUUGGCGAUAAGGUAGGCGUUGAGCUUGUUCCAUUGGAUAUCGACUUGUUGUUGGAGUUGGCCAAGUGCUUGUACGAAGGUCCCUGGGUGACGGAACGGUAUGUUGCCGUUAAGGACUUUUUAGCAUCCAAUCCACCUGAAAUGGACUUGGACCCUACUGUUAUGAAAAUCGUCAAGGGCGGAGAACAUUAUACAGCUGCCGCCUGCUUUCAAUACGAGUAUAAGAGACAAGGCAUCUUGCAAAAAGUCAACAAGUUGUUGAAAGGAAUCGACGCCAUCAUUGUGCCCACUGCACCAUUAAACCCCACCAUUAAAUCGGUUCAAGAAGAGCCAAUCAAAAUAAACUCCUGUCAAGGCACCUAUACCAACUUCGUCAAUUUGGCCGAUUUAUCAGCAUUGGCCAUCCCAGCCGGUUUCAGAAAGGACGGGCAGCCUUUUGGUAUCACUUUGUUAUCACACAAGUUCAACGAUUAUGCAUUGCUCGACUUGGCCAGUCGGUAUUUAAAACACUACGCAAAGACGGUGCCGCACUUUUAUGGAUGCUUGAAGGAUAAGCCCGUGGCCUCUACCAUCCACGACGAGUUGCAUGACAAUGUCCCCAUUAUCACUGGCAGCGAACAAAUCAAGUUGGCUGUUGUGGGAGCUCACCUCAAAGGUUUCCAGUUGCACUGGCAGCUUGAAAAUGUCGGUGCCAGGUUUUUGGAAUCGACAGUCACUUCGAAACACUACCGACUUUACGCCUUGCCUAAAACUGGACCAGUGGCCAAACCGGGUUUAAGACGGGUCUCGGGUGAGGAUGGCGCCAACAUUGCCGUGGAGGUGUACUCGAUCCCCAAGGAAAACUUUGGCAGUUUCAUAAGCUUUGUUCCUGAACCUUUAGGUAUAGGCUCCGCGGAAUUGGACUCUGGCGAAUGGGUAAAAUCAUUCAUCUGUGAAGAAUCAGGAUACCUUGCAAAGGGAACAGUUGAUAUCACCAACCACGGUGGCUGGAAGAACUACCAACAGCACUUGCAAAGUGAAGCAGCAAAAAUCAAGAAGCCUUUCCAAUCGGUCUUGGUUGCAAACAGAGGUGAAAUCGCCGUAAGAAUCAUCAAAACUUUGAAGAAAUUGGGCAUCCAGUCGAUUGCCAUCUAUUCUGACCCGGAUAAAUACGCGCAACAUGUCUUGUUGGCCGACGUUGCCAUCCCCUUGCACGGCACGACCGCGGCUCAGACCUACAUUGAUAUUGAAAAAGUCAUUCGAGCAGCCAAGGAAUCCGGCGCUGAGGCAAUCAUACCCGGUUACGGCUUCUUAUCGGAGAAUGCCGACUUUUCCGACCGUUGUGGCAAAGAAGGUAUUGUAUUCGUGGGACCAUCUGGUGAUGCCAUUAGAAAAUUGGGUUUAAAGCACUCUGCUAGAGAAAUUGCUGAAAAAGCGGGCGUUCCAUUAGUUCCCGGAUCGGGGUUGGUCAAAGAUGCCAAGGAGGCGCGCGAGAUUGCCGCCAAGUUGCAGUACCCAAUCAUGGUGAAGUCAACUGCUGGUGGUGGCGGUAUCGGUUUGCAGAAAGUUGAUUCUGAAAAGGAUAUCGAGAGAGUUUUCCAAACAGUGCAACACCAGGGUCAAUCUUAUUUCGGUGACUCGGGGGUUUUCUUGGAGAGGUUUGUUGAAAAUGCUCGACACGUUGAAAUUCAGAUGCUCGGUGAUGGGUAUGGAAAUGCCAUUGCCGUGGGCGAGAGAGAUUGUUCUCUACAAAGAAGAAACCAAAAAAUCAUCGAGGAGACACCUGCUCCAGAUUUACCCGAGGCAACCAGACAACGGAUGAGAAAAGCCGCAGAGAGUUUGGGCUCGUCCAUGCAUUACAAGUGCGCUGGUACAGUUGAAUACAUUUAUGAUCCCAAGAGAGACGAGUUUUAUUUUUUGGAAGUUAAUGCCAGGUUGCAAGUUGAACACCCAAUCACCGAAAUGGUCACUGGGUUGGACUUGGUUGAGUGGAUGUUGUUGAUUGCGGCAGAUACACCUCCCGACUUCAGUCAAAAGAUUGAAGUUAAAGGCGCGUCGAUGGAGGCACGGUUAUACGCUGAAAACCCUGUCAAGGACUUUAUGCCAUCUCCAGGUCAAUUGACCGAAGUUACAUUCCCCAAAUGGGCUAGAGUUGAUACUUGGGUUGAGAAAGGGUCUGUUGUCUCUGCUGAAUACGAUCCGACAUUGGCCAAAAUUAUCGUUCACGGUAAGGACAGAAACGAUGCAUUGAAGAAAUUGCGUCAAGCUUUGGACGAGACUGUCGUUUACGGAUGUAUCACCAACGUCGACUAUCUUCGAUCGAUUGCCAACUCCAAAAUGUUUGAAGAGGCUAAAGUUGCCACCAAGGUGUUGGAUUCAUACGAAUACAAGCCACACGCACUCGAGAUUUUGAGUCCCGGCGCCUACACCACGGUCCAGGAUUAUCCAGGAAGGCGAGGCUAUUGGAACAUUGGUGUGCCACCUUCUGGUUGCAUGGAUCAAUUCUCGUUUAGAAUGGCCAAUAGAAUCGUCGGUAACGAUAGCGCUGCUCCAGGAUUGGAGAUUACCUUGAAUGGGCCCAAGAUCUUGUUUCAUCAAGACUGUGUUGUGGCAGUUACCGGUGGGAAAUGCCCCGUUCAAGUCAACGACAAGGAUGUCAACCAAUGGGAACCAAUUGAGAUCAAGAGCGGCGACAAAUUGUCCAUUGGCAAGUUGACUACCGGGUGCCGUGCAUACCUUGGUAUCAGAGGCGGGAUCGAUGUCAUUGAGUAUUUGGGAUCGAGGUCUACUUUCGCCUUGGGUAAUUUGGGUGGUUACAACGGGCGAGUGUUGAAGUUGGGAGACGUGUUGUUCUUGGGCCAACCAAGUAUUUCUAGUUGCACGUUGCCUACACCAGUAACUGCGCCAGCAAAAGUUCCCGAGCUGCUCAUUCCAAGUUACGAUCACAAGGUGUGGCAAGUUGGUGUAACUUGCGGACCACACGGAUCUCCAGAUUUCUUUAAACCAGAGUCCGUUGCUGAGUUCUUUUCGGAGACUUGGAAGGUGCAUUACAACUCCAAUAGAUUUGGUGUUCGAUUAAUUGGUCCAAAGCCCAAAUGGGCCAGACCCGAUGGUGGUGAAGCGGGCUUGCACCCGUCUAAUACACACGAUUACGUUUACUCAAUGGGUGCUGUUAAUUUCACUGGUGACGAGCCUGUCAUUUUGACUUGCGAUGGUCCAAGUUUGGGUGGGUUUGUGUGUGAGGCAGUUGUCGCUGAAAGCGAAUUGUGGAAGAUUGGACAAGUCAAACCGGGCGAGUCAAUCCAGUUUGUUCCAAUCAGUUAUGAACAGGCCAAAGAAUUCAAGAGUCAGCAAAACAAAGCCAUCGAUGAAUUCACGGGAGAUUUGCCAUCACUCGAGGGUAAUGCUUUACCUGAGCCUGAAAAUCCAAUCCUUUACCAGUUUAAAGUUUCUGAAAAUGCCCCCAAGGUCACUUACCGACAAGCCGGUGAUCGGUACAUCUUGGUUGAGUAUGGGGACAACAUUCUCGACUUGAACAAAGCUUACAGAAUACACAAAUUGGUGGAGAUGGUGAAGGAGUUUAAACCAAAGGGCAUAUUUGAAUUGUCCCCUGGUGUGAGGUCCGUCUUGGUUGAGUUUACCAAUGAUGUUUCGCAAAAGGAAGCAUUGGACACUUUGGUUGCUUACGAGAAGGAGAUCACAUUCACCAACAAGUGGCAAGUGAGCUCCAGAGUCAUCAGGUUGCCAAUGGCUUUUGAAGAUCAAAAGACUCUAGAUGCUGUGAAAAGAUACCAAGAAACUAUUAGAAGCGAAGCACCGUGGUUGCCCAACAACGUUGACUUUAUCGCCAACAUCAAUGGAAUCACGCGAGACGACGUCAAGGACAUGCUCUAUACCGCUAGAUUCCUUGUCCUUGGACUAGGCGAUGUUUUCCUCGGUGCGCCAUGUGCUGUUCCACUUGACCCACGUCACCGAUUCUUGGGAACCAAGUAUAAUCCAUCGCGAACAUUUACGCCCAAUGGUACCGUUGGAAUUGGUGGAAACUACAUGUGUAUAUACACAAUGGAGUCGCCCGGUGGGUAUCAAUUGGUUGGUAGAACCGUGCCCAUUUGGGACAAAUUGACCAUUGGCGAACAUUCCACGGAUGUCAACAAGCCGUGGUUGUUGUGCCCCUUUGACCAGAUUGAGUUUUACCCCGUCUCCGAGGCUGAAGUAGACCGACUCUCGGAAGAGAUGAACGCGGGUAAAUUCAAGGUGGACAUUGUGGACUCCGUUUUCGACCACGAGCAAUACCUUAACUGGGUGCAGGAAAACUCUGAGUCGAUUGACGAGUUCAAAAAGUCUCAAGGUGGAGACAAGUUGGAAGAGUUUAACCGGUUGAUUCAAAUAUCAAACAGCGAGUUGGAAAAGAAUGGCCACAAAGUGGGAGCAGAAGAAGAAGAGUUUGACGAAAACGCCGAGAUGGUAUAUUCUGAAUAUUCUGGUAGGUUCUGGAAGAGUCUCGUUAGUGUUGAUGAUGUUGUUAAAGCAGGGCAGCCGUUGGUGGUGGUGGAGGCGAUGAAGACGGAAAUGAUGGUGAAUGCCCCCAGAGAAGGGAAAGUGGUAAAGAUUUACCACAAGAAUGGUGACAUGGUUGACGCCGGAGACCUUGUUGUUGUUUUAGAAUAG